GUCGAUAAAUAUCAUUACAUCGAGUAUGAAAAUGAAGGGACCAUUGGAAGUUACAUAGAGGAGGAGAGGGAGACUGCAAGUGAGGAGGAGAGGAAGAGAGGAGGCAGCAGGAGGAGUGCAGCGGGGCGCGUGCGCGGCCGGAGCGAGCAAGGGUCGAGGUGACGCAGGCCUGGCAGUAACCCUCCCGAUUGUGAUUGGUGUGUUACGUUUCCCGGAGUCCGGCUCCUCGUGCUCGCUCUCGCACCGCCGUCGAACUGGACUUUUGAUUAUGUGAGUGGCACCGCGACACAAUGACAAGGCGGAUGGAUGUGUUGCUGAGCUGUCGGGAUUAAACUAUUUUAUGAGUCUGCUGAAAAAGACAUAGGAUAUGAAAAUAAAAGUUUUUUUUUUAUUUCCCCGACAGGUGUAUCAACUUAAUAACUACGUGCACGGUCUACUAUCUGCUGUAGCUGUUUACUGUAUGAAUAUCAUAAGCAAUAUCUUGUAAUCUGUUUCGAAAUGGAGACAUCCGUAUUAUACAAAUGAAUGUGCAACAGAAGAGCGCUUAACACAGCUGCGAUAAGCAAAUACAUUAACAUUCAUUAUUAACAUUAACUAAACACCUUACCUACAAACGGAAGUGUAUCACAGAGAAAUAUAUAUAUAUCUUCUCAUACUAACCUAACUCUACGUAUCCUGGUUAACUUAGAUUUCCUGAAUUUCUCAAGCAAAAACGAAAUUCCACGGGAACUUUAUCUUUCUACAUAAAGUCCCCCUUCGUUUGGGUAAAAUUUGUUGGAUGAUUUGCUCCACAUAAACAGACGCUGAAUGACAACGUGACCCUGCCUCCCACCGCCGACUUCCUCUCCCGAUCCCCAGAGGUUGGCCGAGGGGAGAGGAGGCAGCAUGGAAACGUCAGCCUGAACACGAGAGACCGGCGUGGGAUCCGCGAGAAUAUGUUCAGUCUUCAGAAAAUCUCUUCCAGCAGAUGGCUUUCGAAAUGUCGAUUUUCGCCAUCGAAAUAGAGUUAUUCAUCACGAUGAACAUUCUAACGGAAUAAAGUCAGCUUUGCCAGAAUGAAUAAUGCGAGUGAACUUUGUAGUGUUAGGAUGAGCAUAUGCUGAAGCUGAAAUUGCUUACGUGCAUCUGGCGUUGCACGUAGGACCUUCGCUUCUCCGAGACCUUGCGCGCCCCAGAAGAGAAGGCGAACGACAUGAGUUAUGGAGGAAGGAUGAGCAGCGAGAAGAUUUCAAGCCAUGGAGGAGCGAUGAGCCGCGCGGAGCAUGUCACGAGCGAGUCCAUUCCCUGCCGCAGCGGUGCUGAACAUCCCAAGUUCCCGGAGCUGUGUGUCCGUGCGGGCGCGAAGACCUACGAUACCUUACCGAACUUAAACAAUAAACUCUUUCCUCAAACGGCGCUCGACUUGGUUUACGUUCAGUGUUCGGGGAAAACGCGAGUGGCAUGGGAGAGCAAGGACCUACGUGCAUUACACUCCUGCGACCAAGACGGCCUCGUCGGAGAGUCCAGUGAACUCGAGUCGCCGUCUGGCAUUCCGCCAGGAGCAAUUCCUCUGGUCGCUGCCCCAUUCCCUUCGUGUAAAGGAUCUUCACCAAAGAUCUUUAUCACUUACCCCUCACUUCCAUUCGCUGCCUGCGCGUCGCCCGUGUCUCUCGUUCUUCCACCUGUCGCUUCUUGCUCCUUCCCCCCUUCCUCCGCCUUCUGCUCCAUUUCCAUAUCCGCCGCCUCUUCCCGCUCCUCUCAACCUGUUGUUUCCUCCGCCGCCUCGGCAUCUCCUGCCUCUUGCCCCGACGCCCAAUCCCCCGUUUGCAAUUUUCAUGAUUCGUGCAGAUAUUCGGAUGCUGCGCCAUUUGCUCCGACCGCCCCGGCCCCGGCCUCGGCAGGCGUGCGCCCCCCCUCCUGCGCCCCUCGGUCCCCAAGCAUUGCACCUUUACCCUCAAAUCCCACACCUUCACCAACGAGCACGUUACUUUCAGCCACUCGGAGAGCGCUCUCAAAGGAAGCUUCUCCCUCUGAAAGUAGGAGAGAAAAUACGGAGAGUUUCUCGUGGCCUCGCGCAGGGCUGGCCAAGCGAGACAAUGGGCUGAGCCUGCAGGCAUCCUCUCAGCCUUUGUUUGGCUUCAUUCUCAAGAACAGGUUGACCUCCAGGACACAAAAGGAUGCCAUGUGGAGAGGGCGCCAAACACAGCUGCUGAGGAUCCUGGCCACCAUCUUGGCCCUCAUGACGACCUCGGCUGUGGCAUAUGAACUCAAGCCCACCACCACCCUGUCGAAGGUCACCCUGGCCGGCCUCACCGCCAGCCUGCCCUGCGAGCUGCCUCUGCCGGCGGACCGCCCGACGCUCAUCCUCUGGUACAAGGACCAGGCAACCAAGCCAUUUUAUAGUUACGACGCGAGAGAGACGGCUGCAGGACACCACAAGGUUCACGACAAGUCUGAGCUAGGAACAAGAUCCCACUUUAGGCUGGAAACUUUCCCUCGUAACUUCAAGGUAAAGUUGUUGCUGUAGUUUGGAAGGGGAAAGUUCACACGGGCAUAUAAAGGUAAGAUUUUAGACAAGGGCUGAGUUCAUGUUCGUAAGGAUAUGAUGUACUGAUGCCGGGUUUGUGUGUGUUUGGGCGU